CGGAGGGAGAGAGAGAGAGAGAGGAUGUCGUUAAGGGCGUCCAUGAUUCGUCGAAAAAUCCCUAUGAAAGUAUUUGGGCAGAAUCAUCUCCUCUUUCAAAUAAAACCCUUUUCAUCAACGAAGAAGGAAAGGAGUAUAGAGAAGAUCCUGAUCGCUAACAGAGGAGAGAUUGCUUGCCGGAUCAUGAGAACUUCAAAGAGGCUAGGCAUUCGAACCGUUGCUGUCUACAGUGACGCCGACCAACACAGCCUCCAUGUUAAAUCUGCUGAUGAAGCUGUUCGCAUUGGCCCACCUCCUGCUCGAUCCAGCUAUCUCAGUGCGUCUGCCAUCAUUCAGGCCGCUAUUCGAACUGGUGCCCAGGCUGUCCACCCAGGCUAUGGUUUUUUAUCAGAAAGUGCUGAAUUUGCUCAGCUAUGUGAAGCUGAGGGGCUUACAUUCAUUGGGCCUCCAGCAUCUGCGAUCCGAGAUAUGGGUGAUAAGAGUGCGUCGAAACGGAUAAUGGGGGCAGCAGGGGUACCUCUUGUUCCUGGAUAUCAUGGUAGUGAACAAGACAUUGAUUUUCUGAAGUUAGAAGCUGAGAAGAUUGGAUAUCCUAUACUGAUAAAGCCCACCCAUGGUGGUGGUGGAAAGGGUAUGAGGAUAGUGAAUGGACCAAAUGAAUUUGUUGAAUCCUUUUUGGGAGCACAACGUGAGGCUGCUGCUUCUUUUGGCAUAAAUACCAUCUUGCUGGAGAAAUACAUCACUCGUCCAAGGCAUAUAGAAGUACAGGUAUUCGGAGACAAGCAUGGUAAUGUUUUACAUUUAUAUGAGAGAGACUGCAGUGUGCAAAGAAGGCACCAGAAGAUAAUUGAAGAAGCUCCAGCACCAAACAUUGUUAAUGAGUUCCGCUCCCACCUGGGUGAAGCGGCCGUUGCUGCAGCCAAGGCAGUUGGUUAUCACAAUGCUGGGACCGUGGAAUUUAUUGUGGACACGAUGUCUGACCAAUUUUAUUUCAUGGAGAUGAACACCCGUCUUCAGGUUGAGCACCCUGUAACUGAGAUGAUUGUUGGCCAAGACCUUGUAGAGUGGCAGAUCCGUGUAGCAAAUGGAGAACCUCUUCCCUUGACUCAGUCACAAGUGCCUUUAUCAGGACAUGCCUUUGAAGCUCGGAUAUAUGCUGAAAAUGUCCUGAAGGGAUUUCUUCCAGCUGCUGGUGUUCUCCAUCACUACCGUCCCGUUCCUGUUUCACCAACAGUGCGAGUUGAGACGGGUGUUGAAGAAGGAGACUCUGUUAGUAUGCAUUAUGAUCCAAUGAUAGCCAAGCUUGUAGUAUGGGGAGAAAAUCGCAAUGUGGCAUUAGUUAAACUUAAUGACUGCUUAUUAAAAUUUCUGGUUGCAGGCUUACCAACAAACAUCAGCUUCCUUCAAAGGCUUGCCAAUCAUUGGGCCUUUGAAAAUGGCCAGGUUGAGACGCAUUUUAUCGAGCAUUUUAAAGAUGAUCUAUUUGUUGCUUCAACUGAUACAAUAGCGAAGGACUCUUGGGCUUCUGCUAAGCUAAGUGCAACUUUAGUUGCUGCCUGUGUUUGCAAACUGGAGCAGAUUUCCUCGAAGGAAAGUUUCACUGGAGGGGACAGCUUGCUCUCGUUAUGGUAUGCACACCCACCUUUUAGACUCCAUCACACUGCAAGACGAACAAUGGAACUUGAGUGGGAGAAUGAGUUUGAUGGCAUUGAUUCUAAGAUGAAACUUGAUAUUACUAAUCAAUCCGAUGGAAACUAUUUUAUUGAGAUAGAAGACAGUGAUUCUCCUGCGAUGGAAGUUAAAGUUGCACAUUUAGGAGAUCUUGAUUUCAGAGUUCAUGCUAAUGGGUUAAUCAUGGAUGUUAGCAUGGCACUUUAUUCAAAGGAAAAAAAGAAGCACAUGCAUAUUUGGCAUGGUAAGCAUCAUCAUCAUUUCAGACAGACAACUGGGCUUGAGCUGUCUGCUGAUGAUGCAUCAGAUGACAAACCAAGGUUUGAGAUAGCAUCUCAUCCUCAAGGAAGUGUUGCAGCACCCAUGGCCGGUUUAGUGGUCAAGGUUUUGGUGGAGGAUGGGACACUUGUGGAGGAAGGUCAGCCCAUCUUAGUCUUAGAAGCAAUGAAGAUGGAGCAUGUUGUGAAGGCGCCGCAUGCUGGGUAUGUCCGUGGACUUAAAGUCACUUCUGGACAACAGAUUCUUGACACCACUGUUCUUUUCAGCAUUAAGACACAGGGUGUCCCCGCCCCUUUUGAUGCGAGACUAUUCCCUACAGAUACACGCAAUCACCCACAAUUACGUGUAUCGAGACAAGUAGCCAUUGCGGUGGGACACCCUGUUGGAGCAACCUCCUCAGUCCAUUCUCAUUCUCAACUUAAUGCUUCCUAAUUUAAGGCUGCCUGUCAGAAUGGCCUUUGUGACGGUAUGAAAACAAUCUGUGACAGAAUUUCUCGAGGGUGUCAUAUCAAAUCCAGUAAUCUGUUCCUGUUUCCAUAUGGAAAUUAUUGACUUGCUCAUGUAAUGGAAAGAUUGGUGUUGCUGGAAAAUAAAUUGGCAGUUAUUUCUCUAUUUGUUAUGGAAGAAUGCAAGCAAAGAAGAUGUAAUCUUCGAAUAGGCAAGUUAUAUUUCUUGCUUCUCUUUCCUUUUGUGUUAAAUGCUUGAAAAAAUUGCAUCUA